AUGGCCAUGGAUCGGAUGAAUGAUUCUCAUCGAUAUUACUGCAUUGGCGGUUACUUUUCGCCGACAAACGAUGCGUAUGGGAAGGUUGGAUUGGCUCCGGGAAAGCAUCGUGUAGAAAUGUGCCGCUUGGCAAUGAAGGAUUCCACCUGGAUUAUGGUGGAUCCUUGGGAAGUUCUUCAGCCAUCAUGGGUUCGGACCAGCAUUGUUUUAGAUCAUUUUGAUUAUUUCCUCAAUAAGAACAGGCCUGCAGAGCUGGCUUCUUACCCAAAGAUCAGAAUAAUGUUACUGGCCGGAGGAGAUUUAAUCGAAAGUUUUGGAACCCCCAAUCUUUGGUCCUCGGAAGAUCUGGAGAAAAUUGUCGGAACUUACGGGUGCAUGAUCGUUGAAAGGACAUGUGUAGAUGUCAAGGCGUUUCUGCUGUCGCACGAUAUCCUGUAUAAAAACAAGGUGCUGUCAACACUGCUAAUUUUGCAGUAUAUUUAUAACGACAUAAAUUCAACCAAAAUCAGGCUCUUUAUAAAGCGAGGAAUGUCAAUCAAAUACUUGCUCCCAGACUCUGUGAUCAGCUACAUUAUGGAGCACAAUUUAUAUCAAAACAGCGGCACAUCGACAGCGCUCCCGUUGACCAUUAAAGAUGCAAAUCCUUAA